AGCGCCCCAGAGGGGCCCUCCCCUCGGCCGCGCCCGCGCGCGGGCCUGGCCUCCGCCGCGCGCCGAAGCCGGGGGGGCCCGUCGCCCCAGUCGUCGAUGACGCCGCCGCGAUGACGGAGCCAGCGUCGCCCGCGAGCAGCUUGGCGGGUGCGGCGCGCCGCGCCGGGGAGCAGCGCCACGGGGCGGCCGCCGGCCCGAAGCAGCGAGGAUGCCCCGCUGUGCGGCGGCACCUGCUGUUCGAGAGGCCCGAGCAGAAGCGCUGGGAGCCAGAGGUGGCCCACAACGUCGGCAGCCUCCCCAGCAAGGCCGAGAGCCUGGCCGAGCGCCGCGCGAGGCGAGGCGGGUCGCCCGUACCGCUGCGGCCGGAGCCGGGCGCCCCAGCGGAGGCAAAGG